UGUUUGCGCGGACGCACGCGUGUUUAAUUUCGUUUUGUACUUUUUUUUGAUAUCGUUACGUUUUAGGUCGUUAGUUUUAUCGAAUAUUAACUGUUACUGCCGAGCUUUUUGUAUUUCCUAUCAGUGGCUUCUGGCUUGUGUAAGUGUUUGACUGGUUAAAGCUAAGUCUAGUGAAUUGGUUGGGUUACUUCUGUUGGAUUCCAACUGGGUAUCGUUAGUGACUUUAAACUUGGGUCGCGUUACUUGUGCUAGUUUCAAACUCGAUCAGCUGCAGGUUGCGGAAGUGCGACGAAGAGAGACUGUCAGCCUCCGAUGUGUUUGUGUUGUGAUGUGCAGAUAGAAGGCAUACAAGAAGGCUUGGAUGUGCAAGUUUCGUCGAGGUUAAGCGGAACCUUAACGUUUUAAGGAGCUCGCAAACCACCGGUAGUGUCGUAUAAAUCAGAACCUGUCGACUGUGUGCCAAAAAUCAGCAGAAAUAACCAGAAGAUAAGUGAUUGACGUGUCGACUGUUGGUGUGUAUGUGUUUUGGUGUCCGCCGGUACCCGUCCUAUCGCUGAUAACAGCACCUCUUGGUUAAAAAAGUAAACGCAAGAACAAUAAGUGAUUGAAAAGUCGAGUUGCAACGCGAUGCGCGAUUGCUAUCAGUCGGUGUAACUUCAGCUGCAGCUGAUAUAAAUAUUGUGGAAGAAAAAUAAACGUAGGCUUGGGCGUGCACAGUCGGUGCUGCCGGUUUGCAUGCAGUGAAAUCAAGGCCCAUUCAGUGGUGGACGGUUUUAUGAAAGUGUAGAAUCGCGAAGAGUUGCCUGAAUCAAACAAAAUAGCUCUGCUGUUAGUUGGGGGUGGAAUAAAAAUCAAAAAGCGCAACAGCAGCUAGUUUAUGGCAAUAGGUAAAGGAAGGAAAGUGCGGGUAAAUUGUAAAAUAAAUAACGGUGCUCGGUGAUGGUGGUGGUGGCUAUUGUUCGUGUUCAGAGAACCGUUCGACAGCAAAAAAAUAUUGUUCGUAAAAUUGUGCUGCCAAGCGCAGCAUGAAGACCAAAACCGCCGAUAACCGCUUGGGUCGAUGAAAUUGCUUUUUGCUAUAUAGUUAGUGUGUGGUUGAUAUAGAGAAAAAAAAUCGAUUCAAUUAGCCAACAGUUUGUGAACCAUUGAGGCGUGCACAACCGUUUCUAGCAUUUGCCAGGACCGCUCCCUAGAUGCCGCCACAGAUUUUACCAUCAAAGAUGCAAUCUCGCGAGCAUCCAUUCAACCGUUCUACGCGACCUCUACUGGAACGUCGCGCUAAUAUGGCGCAACCGCAGGUGCUCAGUAGCAAGCAAAUUAAUGCCAAGAAGCAACCGACCCGUGGGUACAACGACUUCAACCUCAUCACUCGUCAGUACGAAAGUCUUAAUUCCAAUAAAGGGUAUCCAUACGGAAGUCCUCCUUCGCCGACCAACCUGAAUAACAUAGACUUUCAGUUUUCCGACGUGAACGAAACGCACUAUCGGCCGAUAGCACCAGCGACACGCUAUAUCCCUGCCAGUACCAACCGUAACAAUAGUGACCACGAGGAGGAUGACGACGACUACGAUGAGUUAGUGUACCACCACAAUCAGCUCAAUGUUCAGCAAGCUCCCGUUGCUCCGAGACGGCGCUUGAUAGAUGCGUCAUCCGGUGCUGGUGUUGCUCCAGUUCCACCACAACGAAUCGUCCCGGUGGAAACUCCGCCGCUACCACGCAGAGGAGACACACCUGAACAGGAUGGACCAUUUGUGUUCGGUGUCCAUCAUCCGAAUACCUUUACACCGGCCUACGGCAAAGGCAAGGAUGCCGCCAUCGGCGAUGGUUCUGGAAAUAGCAGCAACAGCACCGGCAGUAGUCCCAACUCCUCCAUCCAGAACAACAGUGAUAUUAGCUCUAGGAACACGACAUCCAGUGAGAAGGAAAGGCGAGCGCUUGUCAAGGAGAAAAAGUACUCGAAGCGAACGAAAAAAGACAAAACCGACAAAGCAUCGGAAAAGCAGAAGGAAGUUUCCCGAUCCACCAAAGAACCACCGAACGUGAAAUGUGUACUCGUUGGAGACGGUGCUGUGGGGAAGACGAAUCUAAUCGUGUCCUACAUCCAGGACCGCUUCAUUCCAGAGUACAUUCCAACGGCUUUCGACAAAUAUAACGUGGACGUUAGCGUCGAUGGUCGACCGAUCUGUGUGACGCUAUGCGACACCGCCGGCCAGGAUGCGCUGGAUCCGCUCCGACAGCUGUGCUAUCCCGGUUCCGAUGUGUUUCUGCUGUGCUUCUCCGUCGUUCAGCCGGGCUCGUUUCGAUCGGUGGCUACCAAGUGGGAACCGGAGGUGUCCAAACUGAAAGGCUGCUCGCUGGUACUGGUCGGAACGCAGUCCGAUUUGCGUAGCGACCGGGGAACAAUACUCAAAUUGCAGGCUCAAGGAGAGAAACCGGUCCCAGUAUCGGCAGCAUGGGAUUUUGCCCGCAAAAUCGGAGCCAAAUAUAUUGAAACGUCCUCGCACCGAAAGGAACGAAUCAAAGAAGUUUUCGACACCGCCAUCUGGGAUGCACUGCAGGCGCGAGAAUUCGACCGAAAGCGGCCCCUCUGGAAGCGGUUGCUUUGCAUUACCUGCUGAAAGCUGCAGCUCAUGGCAGAAGGACAGCAAAAAACAAAACAAUGAAACGAGACUGGGUAUUUCUGGUUGUAUUCUACUGUGUUUAAUGUUGACGUUUAGUGUAUAGAGAUUCUAAUUUGUAAAAUAUCUAAAAGCUCAAGCUAAGUGAAUCGUAAGAACCCAAGUAUUGAGGUCCAAAUGCUCCCAUCACAUUGAAAGAAUGUGUGUUUGAAUUGAAAUUAAAUUUUGAAAAUAAUAUCUGACUAAAAUUAUCACGUUUAGACCUAGACGAAUAAGGGCUUCCGUCAACUGCAUCUGCGGCAUUAAGAAUGACAAUAAAUUAUUACACAUUUUUAAGCAUCACAAAUCUAGCAACUAGGACAGUAAAACCUGAUUGUAUAUUUUAGUAAUCAAUCUAUAAAUGUAAAAUAUAGCUUAAAAACAUUAAACUCUUGCCAAUAAGUAAUAAACAACCGAACAAGAAACGACUGAAAAUAUA